GCCUUUCUGUUUGCCUGGUGUGGGCGAUCUUCUUUCAAACAACAGUUGACCAGGCGAAGUGCUUGUCUUUGAAGUUUCUUUAGAUUCUUAUUUUGCCUAUCGUUGACAAGUGGUUGACUUGUAAGUUAGAUAGGUGUGCUCACAAAUAUCCUGCUUGCGAGCAUUUGAUUGAGGCUUGGGACUUGCACAUACCGUAGGAGAGGCGACAUGAGGUUGCUGCUGCGAAAUGAUUGUGAUAGCAGUGUCUGGGUGGACGUGUCACCGAACGACACCCUGGCGGACUUGAGAUCGAGUCUACCGUCCGACGCACAAGAUGCGGCACGUUUACCAUGCACUACAGGCAGCAGAGCUGCGUUCGUGAUGCGAACUGGUCGCAGAGUACCUCUGUAUGAAUUUCCUGAGUUGUCAUCAGAAAUUCAGGAUGGAGAUGAGAUUCUUCUGUUGAGUUCCUCCUUUGCGAUUGACACGUCCAGCAUGACACCUCGAUCCAAGGAUUCCCAUGCGGCUCAGAGUGAGGUAGAUGAAGUGACGGCGGGUAUCCCAGCAGUACUAUUCCGACCCAGGAUAUCAGAAUCAGAAUCACCAAUGGAUUCUCUCCAUCAGCGCACACAUUUGGCCUUGCUGGAGUUUGCCGGUCGCUUGCAAUCACUCACAGAGCAGAACAAUGCUGCAGACGAGGAAGAAGAUGAAGAUGCUGAAGAGGAGAGUGAAGAUGCACAGCAGAGUACCAGCCAAGUGGAUGAGAUGUGUGUCACUCAUCUUGUUGAAAUGGGCUUCCCUCGUGAGCGAGCUAUCAAAGCCUUGCGUUUGACCGGGGAAGAUGAGAUAGCAGCAGCGGAAUGGCUUCUAUUGAACAGUUGUGACCCUUCUGUGGACGACCCAUUGCCAGCCACACCACCAAAACCUAAGGCAAGGAGUCGCCGAGGACGAUGGAGACAGCAGGAGUUUGUACCCAGUCAAAGUGCAUUGCACAACUUAAAAGAGAUUGGUUUUGAUGAGGCUGCCAUCAUCACUGCAUUGAAAGCAACUAACAAUAAUCAAGAGCAAGCGUGCGAGUUCUUGCUGAGCGGACAAACGUUCACUGAACCAACACCACUUGAUAAGUCCAGCCCACUGUACAAGGACCUGUUCUCCAACAGCAUGGUCCUCAACAGCCUAACCAAACCAUCUGUGCUUGAAGCUCUGAUUCGCCUGCAAGACUCUCCGGAUGGCGGCCUGGCAGCGUUCAUGCACGACAAGGAUUGCGGCUUGUUUCUUCACGUCGUCACCAGGAUCGUGCAGAAGCAUGUUCCGGAAAUGUACUGAACUACUGAUGAGUGACUGAUGGACGACACAUACAGGGCUGAUGAGUAGCUGCUCCUUGCUGGUUCCCGUGACUAUGCACUGUGUGCAUUGGUCUGGUCUUGGUGGACGCCAAGAGGCACAGUCCUGGCUGGUGUUUGGGCUGUUUGUUUGAUCAAUCCAUACUGUACCCGCUCAUAGUCUCUGCCGUCACACACACACAUGGAUCGUUGAUAUUCCAACCUCGUCUGAUUCCGAUAGACAGCUUCCUGACAUUGUGAUGCUGGUUGACCUAUUCUGUUGACCUAUUCUGUUGCCGGCGGAUAUCCUCUCAACCUACUGGUGGACAUCUUCUUGAUUAGGUGGCCGUUCUUUUGACCCGGUCUGCUAUUGGUUGGCCUCUUCUUGAUUAGUCUGCUACUGGUGGACAUAAUCUUGACCUAUUCUGCUUCUGGUUGUCACCCUCUUGAGCUAUUCUGCUUCUGGUGGACAUCUUGACGUAUUCUGCUACUGGUGGACAUCUUGACGUAUUCUGCUACUGGUGGACACCUUGACCUGUUCUGCUACUGGUGGAUGUUUCUAAUCCCCUCUAGUACCAGUAUGCAAAUGCCUGGUGUCGACUAGCACUGGUUUGCCCAGUUGCCCAGUGUUUUCCUGAUCUGGUAAGACACACGUUCUAUAUCUACAGAUUCGCGUAUAACCGUAGCCCAAUGGCGACUAAGACCUGUGUGCACAUUCUCGAUCUCUGCUGCUACCAAAGUGUAUAAUUAUAUUAUUCAUCCUGUGUGAAGCUGGCGAGCACGCUCUGGAUCUCCCCUGGAACUGGAAGAUGCGUUCCCCUAUCUCUACUGAAACUGGAAUGUACUUUUCUCUAUCUCCACUGAGCCUGGAGUACCAGUCUCAGCGAAUAGCAAUUAUGUGCACAGGUCCUCAUCUCUGCUGAUGUGCCAUGUCUGUCAGAUGCCACUUCUGAUUGCGGUGUGUACCUAUUUCCACUGGUGAUUUGCACAUCCCAUAGUCUGGGCAGCAGUAGCAGCAGUAGCAGCAUCAGCAGUGACAGCAGAGCAGCGGCAGUGACAGCAGAGCAUCAGCAGUGACAGCAGAGCAGUGGCAGCGGCAGCAGUGUCCAGUUAGCUGUAUGUCUGUUCUUCACCGUAUAGUGCUCAAUGAGGAAGUACUAGUAGCAAGUUCAUCUGUGCUUGAAGGUGGUCAGAUUCUCUUCUCUAACCUUCUGUUCAUUGGUGUUGCAUGGAGGUGGGUGACUUCAUGACGUCUUUGGAUGCAGGCUAUCAUGAUUAUUAUGCCCUGCUGGAUGAUAUCGUUCGUUGAUCUUUCCUCACGAGUUCUGGCCGCUUGCCAUCAGGGUGACAUUUGCCUCAGCUGCGGAGUCUGAGGGUACUGGCUGUCUUUGCUGAUGCUUGUUACCAACGUAUCACUAACUACAUGGUGAUCACCAUGAAUUACACACAUCACUCUGUGAUCAAAGUCAAUGACUUUUGUAGUGCCUGGCUCAGCUUGGACUGUCUGCAAUGGCUACGCUGUACGAAACGGUUGGCUGGUUUUGCCAAACACGCAUGCCCGAGUGCAUGUGUGUGUGCGCGCGUGCAUGCUCGUGUGGGUGGGCGCGCAUGCGUGUCACUCAAACUAACCACCCGGGACCGUGCUUCUAUUUCCCGGCGGUAUUUUCGCCCCGGGCCCUGUUUUUAUCACACUCAUUGCACCACCACCUAGCUUAUCCACGUGUCACUGUGUUCUGUCAGGAUGCUGCUGUCACACAGUCUAUUCUGACAAACUCAUUUCCCCACCCACCGCCAAUGAGAAUGGCUCUUUUCAGUUUUCAUCCCCGGAUUUGUUUUCUUUCUUCCAUUGCAUCGGCUGCUGAAUAGAAAUUUCUGGUUCAUUCUACAGACUGUCCAAUCUCCUGGCAACCCCAAAUCUAGACACCCUUCAAAGCCGUUCUUUAUUUUCUCUUUUUUUUGCUGGGAAGAUCUGAACGCACACGAAGUGGUGCAAGUGGG